AUGAAGGAUAGCAUCAUCAACCCGCCGGAGAAGGACCCGAAUUCGAUCAUGACUGUAGCUGACCAAGGUCAGGGAGGUCUCGAGGAACAAACCCGAUCAAAUUCGACCACUCAGUCGUCGAUUGCUCUGACAAAAGACAAUCCUGCCAUCACGACUCCCAAGCGCAUCAGUAAGCGAAACCCUUCAAAAACCGCCGAGGAUGGCGCGAUGAACGGUCGCUCGCUCCUCCCAUCUGAAGUUGCCCAAGGUCAGGUUGGCCUCACGGCCAAAGCUCGAUCGCACACCAGUCCCUCGUUGAUCGAUCUCACCAAGGAUAAUCCUGAUCCCACUAUUACCAAGAGUCAACGCAAGCAACCCCUCCCUUCCAAAACCGCCGAGGAUGGCGCAGUGCAAGGACGGCCGCUCGUUGCCUUCAACAAGAACCUCAAGAUGUCCAAGUUCCACAGGCUCUACAAGAAGGCAUGGAGGAAAGAGGUUUUCGGAAACCAGGCAUUUAUUACUUGGUCUUCCCGCACGGCGGAAUACUCUGGUCGGGCAAUCUCCAAAUGCCCUGGCUGGUGGGCCGACGUCAACAUGGAUCCAUCUUCCG